CAAGAAGAAAGGGGUAAACCAGUAACUGGUAAGAAAGACGCAAAUCACGCCACCCAAUUCUUGAGCGAAAAAGACAGUAUUGUUUAAAUCGGGCAUGCCAGCAUUUAGGGCGAGACGAAAUCAAAGAAAAUCCAGCGCACCACCCAGCCGCUCACUCUCUCUCUCUCUCCCCCCCCCCCCCCCCCCUGUUUCCGUAGUGUUCCUAGAGGAAGUUGAAACACGCUCUUUGCAUUCUCUCUGUAUUUCUACAUUUGGUCUGUGUGAGAAAACAAACAGACGUCCAGUUUUGAGUGAGGAAGUAAACGGAUUCCGUUUCCCAGUUUUUCCUGUUUCAUUGCUAUAGCAAGUUUCUGUUGUCCAAAUCACCAAUGGGGACGUUCCGGUUACUGUAUUGGAUCUUCUUCGGUUUGCUGAUGAGAAUCGGUUUUUGUGCCGACCCGUUUGCUAACUUCGAAUUGGACUACUCUUACAUCACUGCUUCUCCAUUAGGUGUUCCUCAACAGGUAAUUGCUGUCAACGGGAAAUUCCCAGGCCCUGUUAUCAACGUCACAACUAAUUACAAUGUUGUGGUAAAUGUUAAGAACAAGUUAGAUGAGAAUCUCCUAGUCACAUGGUCUGGGAUUCAGAUGCGUCGAGCUUCAUGGCAGGAUGGGGUUCUGGGCACAAAUUGUCCCAUCCCGCCAAAGUGGAACUGGACCUACCAGUUCCAGGUGAAGGAUCAAAUUGGUAGCUUCUUUUACUUCCCAUCACUUAACAUGCAGAGGGCAUCGGGUGGAUUUGGCUCUUUGGUUAUCAUGAACCGCAAUAUUAUUUCUAUUCCUUUCAAUACUCCUGAUGGAGAUAUAGUUAUCAUGAUUGGUGAUUGGUACACACAAAACCAUACGGCUCUAAGGAAAGCCCUUGACAGUGGAAAAGAUUUAGGAAUGCCGGAUGGAGUUCUGAUUAAUGGAAAGGGACCAUACAGAUAUAAUACAUCUCUUGUUCCUGAUGGCAUUGAGCAUGAGACUAUUAAUGUUGAUCCUGGUAAAACAUAUCGUAUUAGGGUCCACAAUGUUGGGGUGUCUACUAGCCUGAAUUUUCGCAUUCAGAACCAUAAUUUGCUUCUGGCAGAAACAGAGGGUUAUUACACAUCUCAGCAGAACUAUACCAGCUUGGAUAUCCAUGUUGGGCAGUCUUACUCUUUCCUGGUUACCAUGGAUCAGAAUGCAAGCAGCGAUUACUAUAUUGUUGCCAGUGCGAGAUUUGUAAAUGAGACACUCUGGCAAAGAGUUACUGGUGUUGCUGUUUUGCAUUAUUCAAACUCAAAAGGAAAGGCUGCUGGUCCACUUCCAGACCCUCCGAAUGACGUUUAUGACAAAUCAUAUUCACUCAACCAGGCUAUGUCUAUAAGGCAAAACAUUUCUGCUAGUGGAGCUCGUCCUAAUCCACAGGGUUCUUUUCACUAUGGUUCAAUCAACGUGACUGAUGUGUAUAUUCUCAAGAGUCUUCCACCAGUGAUGGUUAAUGGGAAACUACGAGCAACAUACAAUGGGAUAUCAUUUGUUAAUCCUGAUACCCCUAUACGGCUCGCUGAUGUGUACAAGGUGAAGGGAGACUAUAAGCUAGAUUUUCCUAACAAACCGCUGAAUAGGCCAGCAAUCAUGGACAGAUCUAUCAUCAAUGCUACAUACAAGGGAUUCAUAGAAAUCAUACUGCAGAAUAACGAUACAAUUGUUCAGACAUUUCACGCGGAUGGAUAUUCAUUUUUUGUUGUUGGGAUGGGCUAUGGUGAUUGGACUGAAAACAAUAGGGGUUCAUACAACAAAUGGGACGCAAUAUCUCGCUCUACUGUCCAGGUUUUUGCUGGAGGAUGGACUGCAGUCUUUGUGUCGCUUGAUAAUGUUGGUGUCUGGAACCUUAGGACCGACAACCUCGAUAGGUGGUAUCUUGGCCAAGAGACUUACAUGAGAAUCAUCAACCCUGAAGAUUCUAGCAACAAAACAGAAUUGCCAGUUCCUGAUAAUGCUCUCUUCUGUGGUGCCCUCAGCCACAUGCAAAAACCUCAGAAAGCUUCUUCAGCAACCACAUUGCAUGUACGACGCUUGCAGCUCUAUCUUCUGCUUGCGAUUAUUCCUACACUAUUUUCCAUUUUGCGCUAAGCUUUGCAAACGAUGGAAAUGGAUCGAUCGGCGCACUUGGAUGUGGUGUGGUAAAUGUUGUUGUUGGAAGUGUGGACAGAAUCGUUUUGUUUUCAUUAAUUUUUACAAUCAAUAUUUGAUAUACCCCUUUGUCUUGUAAGAUUAGCAAUUGUCAAAUUGUCCAAAGCAUUUAGUGUCCUCAUUUUUAGGUCAUUAACAUUGUCGAAGAUGUACCAUUCUUAAGCCCUCCCACCCUCUCUAAUUCUAACUUUGUUCUUUUGGCAAUUGUUAUUAAUUUUUUGGUGGGGCA